UUGUUUUUCCAGCAGCCAGCACUGUGCUUAGAAGCAGGGAUUAUAACAGUCUUGGACGGGAAUUAUGGCAUACAGAUGGCUGCUCUCAUGUGAUGCCAGGUUUCACCCUGGUCAGCAGUAAGGGGAAUGUCUGAAGACGUCAGCCAGUGCUGUUUGGGCUGAUAGUAAACUUGUUUUGCAGAUACAAUAUGGACAAGCUGCCCUGGGACAGAUAAAAAGUGAAGGAUAGAGAAAGCAAGAGAAGACUGAAGCAGUUCAACAGAGAGAGUACUUAUCACAGACAGACAGAAGACAUUAUGUCCACCUCGGUAAAGCAAGAGAGGACUAUUUGUGUUCUCCUCCCCAACAAAGACCAGCUGGACAUCGCUGUCGGGCCAAAGUCCACGGGGCAGGAUGUUUUUAAUCGCGUCACAGAGCUUCUAGGAAUUAAAGAGCUUCACUUCUUUGGUCUCACAGUUGUGAGGGACAAUGAACACAUAUUUUUGGAUAUGGAGGAGAAACUGACUAAGUACUUUCCUAAGGAAUGGAGGCAAGAUUCAGGAAAGGCAUUACAGAAGAGACCUUUGCCUCUAGUACUCUGCCUCAAAGUGCAGUACUAUGUAGAGAAUGGUAGACUCCUUUGUGAACGAAAGGCACGACAUCUAUACUACUCUGAUUUGCGCGAGCGUGUGCUUCGCUCUGAGUGUCGUCAGCAAGAGGAGGUGUACUUCCAGCUGGCAGGCUACGCCUUGCAGGCUGACCUCGGUGACCACCCGCCACCCAGAGAGUAUACAGAGAUCACCCCUUACUUUGAACCCAAGGAUUACUUCCCCCCUUGGAUUGUAGCUAAGCGUGGAGUGAACUACCUCCUCUGCCAUGGGCCCAAAGUGCAUCAGGAGCUGUGGGGCAUGUCUACCCGCGAUGCCACCCUGCUCUUCAUCAGGGAGUCAUGUCGACUGGAGGAUGUUCCUGUCACGUUUUACAGACUGCAAAAGGACAAAAAGGAGGAGAGAGGAACAGCAUUGCUCGGUCUGACCCUGCGAGGAAUGCAGGUUUAUCAGGAGGUGAACAACAUUCGACAGCUGCUGUAUGACUUCCCCUGGUCAAACGUAGGACGUCUCACCUUCCUGGGUAAGAAAUUCGAGAUCCAGCCAGAUGGCUUGCCAUCAGCUAGGAAGUUGGUUUACUACACUGGGUCAUCGUUCCGCUCACGCCACCUCCUGCUGCACCUGAGCAGCAGCCAUCGCCUCUACCUCAGCCUCCAGCCUGCCCUCAAACACCUACGCCAGCUGGAGGAGAGCGAAGAGAAGAAGCGUUACAGAGAGUCGUACAUCAGCGAUGACUUGGACUUAGACCCCCAGGGCAGCGAGAGCAGCCCGGGUCUGUCUCGACACUCGACCAGCAGCUCUGGAAUCGAAGCCGACGCCCGCCAACACAGCAUCUCCACAGAGAUGGCCUCUAUGGACGAGGAAGGUCAACGGCAAGGAGAAAAGUGUUUUAGUUCAGCAGCCAGCCGUGGCAGCUCCUGUACCUCUGGGUUUGAUGCAGACAGCAAGGCUCGAAUAGAAGAUGAGGGAUGGCAGGAAGACGAGAUCAAGACCAAUGUUGGAGCUCCAAAGGAGGUUCUUGUGGAUGAUCCUGAUGAAAUGUUCCAGCUUGCUGAUCUCCUUGAAGGGGUGUCAGUGGAUUGUGCAGAACUCUCCUUAGACUCUCAUUCAUCAGACAACAAAGGGUCUCCCCCAGACAAUGAUGAAGAGCUUGGAAAAUUGCGCAACAAAGAAAUGUUAAAACAGCUUCUGAAAUCUAGGGCACAUGUGUGCGUGGAUCGGCACAGCCACAGUCUAGAUGAUGUUCGUCUGUUCCCCCCUCCAGCACCCCUGGGGACAACACUGCCGCCUGAUUCCUCUCACAGCUACACCUUUGGGCUCCCAGAUGUCUCAACAAACCCUAAGACCCCUGUUGAUCACAGUUAUUACCCCCUUUUGCUCUGCCAGGCCAAACCUUCAUUUUAUGGCCGCAGGUCAACCAACAGCCUCUCCCUGGACAUGUUAGGCGAUGAACAGUUCCUGGAAUUCAUACUUUGAAUACGUCAAGUGCUGAUGUCCACCAGUGCGCCUGUUCUCAUCCUUCAUUUAGGGCACAACUUGACUCAUAGGUCGCCAACACAUGAAUGUCUGUGUUUUCUGUGUGGUGAUGAUGACGACACUGAGGGAUGCGUAUGCUUCAAAAAGCACAGAGACGUUACUGAAAGUGCCCCCUCAUUCCUCUUAGAAAAGCUGUGGACUAGAAAUCUCAUUUCAGUCAGUGAACAGAGCAUAUUUAUUAAUGUUGUAUAUUAUGUACACACUACUUGCACUAUUUUAUUACAUUUUAUCUUCUUUGAGCAAAAAUAUUUCUAAUCAGUUUUAUUGUAUUUUGUAAAUGUCACGCUGUUAAAAACUCUGAAAUGUCUGAGUAGGUUCAUGUUGAGGGCAUAAAAUUUGACUUCAAAAUUUGAUUUUGAAAUUUUAAGGCAAUGCAGCCAUGUGCUACAUUUCACUUUCAUAAGAUGGGACUUACUUUCCUUUAGCCUUUCUUUUUUUUUUUUUUUUAACAUAAACGCUUACAUUUCCUUGUAUCUCCAGAAGCCAUGGUGCUAAAGUUUGUGUUCUGAUCUUCCUUUGUCCUCUUUUUUUUUUAAAUCAUAUUUUAUAAUGUACUCUAUUUUUGUAUAGUGUGCUCUGUCAUGCAUUUCCUAUUAGUCUGCCACAGCAAUGUAGCUGCUGGUGUGGAAAAUUGAACCUCUUUACAGCUGGUAAUGCAUUCAUCCAAAGCUUCCCCAUUCUAUACUCCCGCUUUUGUAAUUACAGCAGAAAAGUAUUAUUUGUAAAGCACUAUUUCUGUAACCAGCAAGUGUCUAAUGAAUCUGCAGUAUUUUUGUAUUAUAUAACCCCCAAACAAAGAGCCUUUGUCAGUUUUUUCCUGACAUUAUUUUCAGUUUUGUAAAUGACACUUGGUAUGCUAAAGAACUUAUGUUUUUAACCAGUUUGAGGUCACUGGAAAAGAAUAUCAGUCCUUUAAUUACAGAAAAACUUCUACACAAUACCAAUAAUGUAUGAAUAACUGACAGUGUUAAAUCACAAUACUGAACAAUUCAUUUUUAUCUAAAGCACUGUUUUUAUCAUAGUGAAAAUAAAUCCUUAAUACCGCUGA